UGAAGGUCCAAGAACGAGAGUCCGUUUCGUCUCGGCUCGUUUAUCCUGAUGGAAUACAUCGACCACGACACGGACCUGGGCACCACAUUACACACGCCAACACCGAGCCCUGAGGACCGUCCGAUCUUCCAUUUAUUGAGCAAUGUGGAUAAGCUGGAACUGCUAUACGGACAACUUCGUAUGUCUUAGUCAACAAACACCUCAGGCUGUCGGGUUGAUUUACUGGGAGCUCAGCCACGCCGCAUCCGUUGAGUUCUCACAUGCCCCUCCAUGGUGGUUGCGUCUCGAACAGCCCGAAUACUGGCCCGAUGGGAUCGAGGCCUGGGAGAAAACGUUCGCAAGCCGUCUGCCGACGUUCCUGAAAGUGCUGACCGACCGCGAGGAAACUGCCAUCCAGCGAGGCAGGCUCCGGCCGGAACAGAGACUGUCUGGGCGCAUGGAGCAGAGCUGGAUUGAUGGCGACUUCGGGAUCACCUACGCGGUGAGAAAGAAUUUCGCCUUUGAUGCGAUCUUCUGGAAGAAACUCGACGGUCGAUUCUUCGGGCCGUGCGCAGUCCCCGAGGACGACCGAUGGGAGAAGAGGAUGGAGUUGUUGAGUUAAGAAGAGCGACAGUCGAUGGAGCAGAUGGUGAGCCACAAGCUCGAGCAGAU